CAAAUUAUAACACUGAGCUAAAUACUGGUGGUGUAUUGAGUUCGAAUUAAUCGAUUAUUAUACACUACUUUAUUACUUUUUAAUAACAAGAAAUUGUCGUAUAGGUUAACGUAUUAGCUUUAUGCAUUUGUACUCGUGAAGCAAUCAAACUAAUGCGAGAAAAAGGCAUCGAGGACGGACAGAUCAUACACAUUAGCAGUAUGUCCGCUUAUCGAGUGAUCGCAUUACCUGGCAAUAGUGUUUAUGAUGGAACUAAAUAUAUGGUGAGAGCAUUAGCCGAAGGAUUACGCCAAGAAUUAAGGGCCGAAAAAUGCAAAAUUAGAGUUUGUACGUUUCUGAAAUUCUGCUUUAUACAUGGAUCGUUGGGUUGGUAAAGUAGCCUUGGUUACGGGUGCUUCUACAGGUAUAGGUGCCUCCAUUUGUAAAGGAUUGGUAAGAAAUGGGAUGAAAGUCGUUGGUUGCGCUAGAAAUGUAGAUGCCAUCAAAAAAAUAGCAGAAGAAUUAGGAUCUUUUACUCACGGUGAAUUGUUACCCAUAAAAUGUGAUUUAACUAACGAAUCGGAAAUUUUGAACAUGUUUCAAGAAAUUAAAAAACAUUGUAUUAAUAAUGCUGGUGUCUCUAAAAUCUGUCCCUUAAUGAGCGGUAACACAGAUCAUUGGAGAAGUAUUCUAGACGUUAACAUCUUGGCUUUGUGCAUUUGUACCCGUGAAGCAAUAAAACUGAUGAAAGAAAAAGAAAUAGAUGAUGGACAGAUAAUACAUAUCAGCAGUGUACUUGGACGUAAAGUUAUUACAGGCUUUGGAUCAAGUUUUUAUUGUGGAACAAAGCACAUGGUAAAUGCAUUGGCAGAAGGAUUAAGACAAGAGUUAAGAGAGGAGAAAAGUAAAAUAAGAGUUUGUUGCAUUAGUCCUGCUCUAGUGAAUACAGAAUUUGUAUCAAGAAUGGUUGAAAAUACAAAAAUUGCUGAAAAGUUUUAUGAAAGCAGAGACUCCCUUCAACCUGAAAAUGUUACAGAAGCUAUUCUGAAUGUACUGAAAAUGCCAAAACAUGUUGAUGUUAAUGAUAUUAUUAUACAGACCACU